UUUUGGUGUGCCAUUGGAGCUAUAGUAUUGGGAGCCAUUGCGGUGAUAUCAUAUUGGAUACGAAAAUGCAGGACACCACUGGGCAGCAAUUACAGCACCAACACAAUCACCAGCUUCAGCAACAACACCAACAGCUCCUCCAAGCGGCCGACAAUAGAAUCAUACAACAACAUCCAAUCAAACAAAAGGAUAUAUUUUAUCAGCCUUUGCAGGCGAAUACACUCCAAUGCAAUCUACCACCACAUGCACCUCUGUCAAUACCGAUCACCGGCGGCGGCGGCGGCAACGGCCUACCAACAUCCACACCCACAUCGGCACAAUCAAAUCCCAAAUCAGUAUCAAUUCUAGUAUAUAAGACCCUAAAUACGGUUUUCAAAAGUAGUCGCAAGAUCAUCUUUCGAGUGUGCGAGGUAGCCAGUGCCAAAAAGUCCUUUACCAUGUUCAAAUUUAAUCAGCGAGCGAAAAGCUCUGAAGCUACUGCGGCAGCUGCUUGUACGGGACAUGAUCGGUUUAGUCAAGUACGAGUUACGAAUAAGAAAAAGAAGGACUUUUACAAGAAAAAGAAAAGUAAUGGACUGAGACGAAGUAAUUCUGCCGUCGAAUUUGAUGCUUCAGCACUAACCGCAGCUAAUAGAAGGCAGCUUUUUAGUCGGAAUCGUUCAGCCAGUUCAGAACAGGACAAUUCGGAUCAAUCAGAACAUUCGGAAAAAUCCCCGCUAGUUAGCGCGAGGUUAGACAAUCUAGCAAAACUAUUUUUUAGCAAAUCGAUGCCAUCGGAAACUGGAAGUAGAGAUACAAUAGAAUCAGUGCUAACUACAAGACCAAAUUUAAAGUACCAAUACUCAGCGCUAGAUGGCGGUACUGGUGUCACUGACCGUAGUCCUCGCGAACGAGCCUCCCGUGAUCGUGCCCUUAACGCUUGCAAGGAAUGGGUGCAAAACUCAAAUGGGCGUUACGAAGUUAUCGCCCAUCUUGACGAGAUUGGUUCUCGUCACUCGAAGAACUGGUUUCUAAUCAAUGAUUCUUCGGUCCGCACUGACCGCCUUAUGACCUUACUUCCAUUACCUCCAGACUGUGUUGCCUUAGAUGAACUGCCACCAUGUGAAAGUCCAAAGGGAAUACUUAUGGAAUUGCUCGGUUCCCUCCAUCAUCCGUAUAUCUAUCCUGUUCUAGAUUUAGGUUUUUUACGUACCAGUUCAAUUAAUUAUGCUUGCCUGGUAACACCAUUUAAUUCACGUGGCAGCCUCAAGGAUCUUAUUUAUAAAGCCCAGUGGAAUGAGCCAUGGAAUCGCAAGUAUACAAGAAAGCCAAACGGUUUGCCAGCAACUCAAGUGCAAAGAUUGGGUCGUCAGAUACUUGAAGCUUUGCUUUUUCUAAAAGAACGAGGCUUCCCAUUGCACGGUCAUUUGCAUAGUGGAAACGUUAUUUUGCAGAAUGGUGCCGCAAGACUCUCUGGCCUAGAGAAUGGCCUUUUAGGGUUAAGUUCCCGCAUCAAUGCGAUUAUGUGGUCACGUUCAACCACAGACAUCGAGAAUGUAGAUAUCAUUUGUUUCGGCCAUUUACUUUAUGAGAUGUGCACUGGCCAAGAGAUGACCACACCAAAACCGUCCAUGAGAGUUCUUGAAAUGGAUCUAGAGCAAUAUCCACAGAUUUUGGAAAUUCUGGGAUUAAUCUUUGAUCCACCAGGAGGCCAAUGUCCUUCAGUGGAGGAACUUGUGCUGUGCGAUCUUUUCCGUAAUAUUGAUUUGCGUGAACUUAGAGGUCCAUGCUUUAGUACAAUCAAACCAAGUCUAAGUAGAUCAACCCUUAAUUUGCUGCUUGCCGUAAAAAAGCGACAAACUGCAUCCUUAGGCAGCUCAUUUAGCGAAACAAGCUCCCCAUGCACACCGCCAUCGACACCCCGCGACCGAAGGGUUGGUUUUCCGCCUGCACCCUAUGAAGUGUUUCGUUUGAUUUAAUUACCCAUCCUUCCACCAAAAAAAAAUUAAAUUAAAUAAACAAAAAAAUAAAAAAAAAAAGAAUAAAUUAAAACCUAACUAAGCC